AUGGCAUCGGUACCUUCCAUUGGUUGCCUUUUGGCCAAAAAUCAGUAUUAUCGAAAGUCCAGUAUUUCUUCCGAAAGUUCUCUAACUGGCUGUGACCCUGUUAACUUCACAGGUGAUGACAAAUCCCAGCAAGGGUUACCAGAAGUGGCGGAGUCCACCUGGUGGUUUAAAUCCUUCUUCCAUUCUGAACCUGUGCUUUCGAAUGUGAGAAUAAAAGAUCUGCCUUCAAAUAAAACCACUAACAGCCAAUCCACCAAUUAUCUCUAG